GCAAACCACUUCUGGAUCAUCUGCCAAGAACGUAUAUGAACAGGUCCCAGUCCGAGAAAAGGAUGGAAGGAUCCUGUUCAUAUGGACCUGUCAUCAGACAGAACACUAAAUAAUAACAUGAUAGGAUGGGGAGGUUCUGAGACCUUACAACUGCUGCUAAGAUAAGAUCAUAAACUAUAGUCCUAUACACAGUUCAUUGCAUAGGACAUUACAUUUUCAUUAGUGGCAUAUGCCAUUCAUCAAAAUGUGACUGUUCUUACAUCAGAAAAUGUACCUAAGACUAGAAACACAUGAUAAUGGAUGCUGUUUUCUGUUGCUGAAGAUCAUGAUAUAACCUACUAUUUAUUAAAGUUUUAAGAGAGUGACCAUGUUAAUGCAGGACUGCCCGUGUCUAUGGGCACACAUCUCAGGUAAGGUAUUUUAUUUGUUGAAUUAUAUGAAACAUGUUUAUGUAACAGUGCUGAUUCAAACAUUUACAUAAUGUACGGUCAACUGAGAAAAUGCAGUGUGGUCAUAAUUAUAUUUGUUAAUUGUUUUGGAGAAGCUAUAUUAGCAAACACAAAGUAAUUGAAUUUCAAUUGAUGCCAAGGGGAAACAGUAAGAAACCUAUUCAGUACAGUGUAAUUUAAUUCCAAUUCUGCCUGAAAGGUGAAAAUUGCUACCCAUAUAACGAGGUAGCUAACCUUACGCCUCUUUCACACACAACGGUUUCGUCCGUACGGCAAGAAUCCGCACAAAUUUUUUCCGUCGCUUGUUGCUAUUCACACACCACGGUUUCAUAAACACCGUUGAGGCGACCGCAGUUGCUUUUCCUCAUUUCAGAAUGAAUCUUAAUCGGAUUAUUGCUAUGUGGUUUUUGCACUGUCGUCGAAAGAAAUCGAAGCGUGGUAAUAGGAUGUAUUGGGUCCAUCCAAUCAAUCAAAGGAGGGUUGAAAUUGGUGUAUUUUACACGUUAUUUGAAGAACUUCGAAGAGAUGAAAACAAUUUUUUUAACUAUUUCCGUAUGUCCAUUUCCUCAAUUGACGAACUGCUUGGCCGAUUGAAAUAUAGCCUUCAGCGUCAGAAUACAAAAAUUAGAAACUGCAAUCAACCUGUGGAAAUGUUAGUUGUGACAAUUAGGUGUUUGGCAAGUAGAUGUACUUUUACAGAUCUGCAUUAUACGUACAGAAUUGGCAUUUCAACAGCGAGCAAGAUAGUCAGAGAUGUAUGCAGAGCUAUCUGGUCUGUCAUGCAUUUCGGAUGUAUACCUAUGCCUACAAGAGAAAAGUCGGAAUUGAUUGCUUCAGAUUUUGAGAAACGUGCUAAUUUUCCAUACUGUAUAGGAGCAGUUGAUGUUGCAGACUCAAAUUACCGCUUUGUGUACGUCAACAUAGGAAGUUUUGGUAAAGAUUGUGACUCUACAAUUUUUAAGCGAUCUGCUCUGUGGACAUCAAUUGAAAGAAAUAUGCUGGAACUACCAAAUGAGAAAUGUCUUCCAGGAACGGAAUGUCCAGAUGUGCCAUAUUUCUUUCUCGGAGACGAAGCAUUCGCGCUACAUAAACAUCUACUGCGACCCUAUGGUGGGUCACACCUCACUUUAAAUAAAAGAAUUUUUAAUUAUCGCUUGAGUAGAGCUCGUAGAUGUGUAGAAUGCGCAUUUGGCAUUUUAAGUAACAAGUGGCGAAUUUUCCAUCGUCCGAUUAACGUUGAUCCUGAUUUUGCAGUAGAUAUUGUGAAGGCUUGUGUUGUCCUACACAAUUUUGUUCGCGACAGAGAUGAAUUUAUGAUUGAGGACACAACAACAGUUACAGGGUUGGAGGAUUUACAAGGAGAACAAUCAGUGAGUGGGGGAUUAUCUGCAAACAAUGUAAGAAAUAUAUUGUCUGCUUAUUUUGUAUCAAAUGUAGGAGCUGUCCCCUGGCAAAUGUCAAAAAUAUAAAUUAUAACUAGGGCCAGGAUCUAUAUGCAAAAAAAUGAAAUAUGGAUCAUCAAACAAAUAUGCAAACUCCAUUUCUUUAUAUCAUAAGCAGCCCCUAUUGUUCAUGCAGAGUAGUUUAUGCAAUUAGUGAAGUGCCAUUAUAACACAUAAGCUUGCCAAUAUUGUGAUUAUUAAUAAAAAUAACGGAGGGGCCUAAAACUCUUACAUUAAUUGUAUGAAUUUGUAUAUGAAUCCUGGCCCUAAUUAUAAAAGUUUGAAUGAAAAGAAGUGUAAAAUAUGUAUACUAUAAAUUUGUAGUGUAAAAAUGAAAUUAAUCACCAAAUGCAUUCUU